AUGGAUUUUUUCAGAUCCAUAUUAGCAGAGGAUCCGGAGCCUGAAGCCCCAGAUAGUUACGAAGAAUCAGAUGCGGAUCCUAGGCAAAGUCAAUCGCCAAAACAGCAAGAAACAGAAGGCGAUGAAGACGAUGAUUCCAAUUCGAAUGUUAAUUCAUCGGAAGACGGUAGCGCCGCUGGUGGUGUUGGUGGUUUGUGGACCUUUGGAGAUCUGGUGAAGACUUUAACGACCAAAUCCGAAUCAGUCUUCGAAACGUACCGUCGUGAUCUGAAGGAAUUUGGGACGGGUUUGAGGAAAGAGUCCGAUUUGUUUCGUGAAGUGGCGAGCCGUGCCGUGAAGGAGUUACCGUCUUCCAUUGAGGUCGGUACGUCGGCGAUAGACGGGGUACUGAAAUCAACGGCGGAUAUCAUCGCACAAGGUAAGGAAGCUCUUCUUGCAGCUUCGGAUAUUGAUGAUUCUGAUGCUUCUGAAAGACAUACUUCUAGUGAUCGCAGUGGUUUGCAUUCGAAACGGUACAGCCGUUUCGAUACGCAAUUGAAUGCGAUUCAGAGUGAUGUGCGAACUUACUGUGAAGAUCCCGAGGAUUUAGAUGAUUACAAUAAGUGGAAAUUAGGUUUUGUGUUUGGUGAUAAGAAAGAUGAAAUUGAGAUAUUAGUUGGAGAUAAUGGAGCUUUGUCCGGAAUCUAUCCAAAGCUUGUUCCAAAUGAGGUUGAUGACGCAACGUUUUGGUAUAGGUACUUCUUCAAGGUUCAUAAGCUUAAACAGCAAGAGGAUGUCAGAGCUAAGCUUGUAAAGAGAUCAUUAUCAGUAGAUGAUGAAGAAGAAUUGAGCUGGGAUGUUGAUGAAGAAGAAGAAGAAGAAGAAGAACAAGAACAGAAACAAACUGAUCAAUCAAAAACAAAAACCUCAAAAGGCGAAGAUUUGCAUAAUGUUGGAAAGGAAGAGAGUCCUGCUGAUGAAUCCAAAUCUCAAAGUUCCAAGAUUGUUGAUGAAGAUAAGGAGAUGAAAAGCAAUGUGGUUAGUGUUGAUAAGAAGAUUAUAGAGGAACCCAAAGCCAGUACUGGAAAUGUGUUAACUGUAGAGAAAGCUGAAUCAGUGGAUGAUCUCAAAGUUGACUCUGGAAAAGUCAAAGAUAGUAAGGAUAAACCAAACCAGCCUUCAUUUCAUGAGGAGGAAGAUCUGGAGUGGGAUGAGAUUGAAGAUGUUGAAAACAAUGAUACCAAAAAGGCCUCUCAUUCUGAUGCAGACACUCCAAACAAAGAUGAGUUGCGCAAGCGGUUGAGUACUGCUGUAGAUGAGGAGGAUUUGAGUUGGGAUAUUGAAGAAGAAGAAGAUGAUGAUGAUGAGCCUGUAAAAACGACACGUAACAAGUGA